AUGGUAACCAGUGAGGGAAACCAGAGUUCUGUUGCAACAUUUGUCCUCUUGGGUUUCUCAGAUUACCCAGACCUUCAAGUGCCACUCUUCCUGGUAUUCCUAAUUAUGUAUUCUAUAACUGUGGUGGGAAAUCUAGGAAUGAUUGGCAUCAUCCAAAUCAACCCCAAACUUCACACCCCCAUGUACUUUUUCCUCAGCCACUUGUCCUUUGUAGAUUUUUGUUAUUCCUCCAUCAUUACUCCCAAGAUGUUGGUGGAUUUACUCAUAGAGGACAGAAGCAUCUCCUUCUCUGGGUGUUUGGCACAAUUUUUUUUCUUUGGUACCUUUGUGGUGACUGAGUCUUUUUUGCUAUCGGUAAUGGCUUAUGAUCGCUUUAUGGCCAUUUGCAAUCCUUUGCUAUAUACAGUUGCCAUGUCGCAGAAGCUUUGUGCCCUGUUAGUAGCUGGAUCCUAUACAUGGGGUACAGUCUGUUCCCUCCUACUCACGUGUUCUGCUGUCCAGUUAUCAUUUUAUGGAUCUAACACAAUUAAUCACUUUUUCUGUGAAUUCUCAUUGCUGCUUAACCUCUCCUCUUCUGAUACUCAUUUCAACCAGUUGCUGCUUUUCAUCUCUUCCACUUUUAAUGGAGUGAGCACACUUUUGAUUAUCCUGGCCUCUUAUGUAUUCAUUUUUGUAACUGUUCUGAAGAUGAAUUCAUCCAGUGGGCAACGUAAAGCAUUCUCCACAUGUGCCUCUCACCUCAUGGCUAUUACCAUCUUUCAUGGGACCAUCAUCUUCCUCUAUUGUGUUCCCAACUUCAAAAACACUCAGCUUACAUUCAAAGUGGCCUCAGUGUUUUAUACAGUGGUAAUCCCCAUGCUCAAUCCUCUAAUCUACAGCCUGAGGAACAAAGAUGUAAAAGAAACAAUCAUCAAGUUAAUGGGCAUUAAAUUUUUUCUUCAUGGGAACAUUUCCCACUAAUUAGAAAUUUCUAAUGAGAAAGCCAUAGACAACAUUUCACAAGUGAUAAGCUCUAAUUGGAUAAAUGACCUGGAUGAAAAAAGGUCACAUAACAAACUACAGAAACAUGGAAAAACAGCUUAUUAGAUUAAUAUAGAAGAAAAUGUUCACGACCAAGCAAUAGGUAAAGAGGAUUAAGGGAGAUAAAUGGAUAAUUUCAACUAGAUAAAAAUUAAAGUAUAUUUAUAUAAAAUGUUUAAAAAAGCUAAGGUUUAAAGGGAAAUAAUUGAUUAGGGAAAUAUUUCAACCAAUGUUACUGAUUAUGGAUUGACAGAUAAGGAUAUAGAUAUAUAGAUGCAUAGCUAUAUGUUUCCGAUUUACAAAAAUAAAAGCAAUUCUCCCCAUUGAUAAAUGA